UUUAUAAAAGAAGUUGGGCAUCAACACCACUUGCAACCACAUUCUUCCCCAUCUCUAAGCUUUCUCGGACAACCACGUCAAUGGCAACCUCAACCGUGAAUGAAGUUCGCCCUCCCACUUUGUCUUCCUCCUCCGACCCACCUCCUGUAUUUGAUGGAACUACCAGGUUGUACAUGAGCUAUGGGUGCCCAUUUGCACAACGCGUAUGGAUUACGAGGAACUAUAAGGGACUACAAGACAAGAUCCAGUUGGUUCCUCUCGACCUUCAGGACAAGCCUGCUUGGUAUAAAGAGAAAGUCCACCCUGAAAAUAAGGUGCCAUCGCUGGAGCAUGAUGGGAAGGUUUUAGGUGAAAGUCUCGAUUUGAUCAAAUACGUGAACGCUAAUUUUGAAGGGCCAGCUCUACUUCCUGAAGACCCCGCAAAGAAGGAAGCUGGGGAGCACCUGUUAUCGUAUGUUGAAACUUUUACCAGAAAUGUCUUUUCUUCCUUAAAGGGAGAUCCUGUAAAUGCAACCAGUGCUUCUUUUGAUUACGUGGAGAGUGCUCUUGGUAAAUUUGAUGAUGGCCCAUUCUUCCUCGGCCAAUUUAGUUUGGUGGAUGUCGCAUACGCUCCAUUUAUUGAAAGAUUCCAAAUAAUCUUUUCUGAGAUAUUUAAGCACGAUAUAGCGGCUGGAAGACCUCGACUAGCGGCAUGGAUUGAGGAGCUGAACAAGGACGAUGCUUACAAACAAACAAAACUUGAUCCCGCUGAGUUUGUCGAAGUUUUCAAGAAGCGCUUCCUGGGGUAAGCUGUAGGAAUGAGAUCAGCAAGCUUGGAUUCGUUUGGGACACCGGUCAUCAAAUUAUAGGAGAGUUACUUGCGUGGAAUGUCUGAAGUGAAUUUACAGUUUAUAAUAAUAUAAUAAUUUCUGUGAAAGUGUGUGCGCACCAUUACAUUGUACUAAGAUUUUGAAUUCCUGUAAAAUUAAAUAAAGAAACGUCGGUUGCAAGAAUAAAAUAUUUUUCUUAUGGAUAGCACGAAAUACUCCGAUAAUAAUGCAAAUUAAAUUCACAUGA